GACAGCAGACUGUGUGGAGUGAGAGCCGGAGCGUCUGCAGCCACAACCAUGAAUCCAGUCAUCACCUUCUUCCUCACCUGCCUGCUGCUCCUCUGUGCUCAAGGGCUGCCACUCAGCAGAUCUCACAAAUGCAAGUGUUCCGGCGGCUUCGUGAAGAAGAUCAACCCAAAGCUCAUCCAGGGAGAACCGCAGAUCCUCCAUCCCAGCGUCUUCUGUCCACGGACCGAGAUCAUUGUCACCAUCAGAGGAAACCAGGAGAAAUGUCUGAAUCCAGAGUCGCUAUUGGGAAAACAGAUUCUGAACAGAAACAUGAAGAGGAAAGCUGGGAGCAGCAGCAGCACCACCACCACCACCACCACACCUCAUCCCACCACUGGACACCACACCACUGCCCCCAACUCAACGUCCAUCACAACCGUGCUGUAGCCAGCUGCCAACAAGGAUUCUGCAGAGAUGUUUUAAAUACCGUACCUGAAAUGAACUGCUGGAGAAAGGAAACAUGAACAUCCUCUGUUUUCAUACUCCCCUGACUUUGAAUCAACUUGAGGAUGUGGGGUCAUGGUUGCAUCACCCGGAGGAGGAUGGAUCUGAGACUUUUUUCUCUUUGCUCUUUCCCUCAAAAGUCUCCACAUGCGCCAGGCAUAUUGUGUAGACAAUGUAUAGUUUUUAGAUAUACCACAAAUAAAUGAAGAAACCAGUUUAUUUGUUUUGGUUUACUUGACACAUCAGCAUUAAUGUGUAAUGUAUAAACUAGGGCUGUUAGUUUAGCGCGUUAAUUAGAUUAAUUAAUGACACUGCUAAUUAACGCGUUAUGAAAAUGAACGCAAUUAAUUAUGAGUGGCAAAAUGCGUGAGCAUUUUAAAUUUGUCCCAUUGAGGGAGCCGUAGUUCACUUGGCAGUAACAGGUCACUUCCCUCCUGCUGCUGGUCAAACUAACACAGACCUGGACGACUCAGGGGAGACUCAGCUAAUCUUUGCUGGGCCUUUGAACGGCAAGUUUAUGUAGAAAAAGAAAGAAGACGGGACUUUCAACAAGAACACGGUGAUUUGUACAUUUUGUAAUAAAGAAUUUUCCUAUCACCGGAGCUGCUCCAGCCUGAAUUAUCAUUUAAACACUAAACAAGUUCCACUGUAAACGUUACAGCUACUAGUACUUGAAUUGAUGUAUUGAAUCAGCUUUAGUUUUAAUUUUGAAUUGAGAGUCUGCUUAAGUGCCUAUUUGAGACUCAGCCUUAUUUUAUUAAUUGUAUUUAUUUAACUGUAUUUGCAUUGCAUUUUUGAAUAAAGCACCUGGACUAAUUGGUUUGCUGAUGUGC